CUAUGUAAACUGCUUUGAGAGCAGUAAAUGAAAAGCAGUAAUAUUAAAUGAAAAGUAAAUGAAAAGCAGUAAUAUUAAACAAGAGAAACUUCUUUCCUCCUAUGAAGAAGGACUGCAGACAGCGCCUGCACCAGGAGACCGCCUCCGCCAGGGGGACGCCUCGUAUCUGCUGCACCAGGAGGCUGCUGAGCCAAGCCUGCUCUAACUCCGUAGGGGCCGAUUUCCACUUCGCCUCCCUCCAACUUCCCGGCUCUCCCUCUACGCGCUCAUGCGCCUGCGCGCCAGUCCAAGGACUCCUUGGUGGUGCUGCCGCCGCGGAGGUUCGGUGAUCCUUGAAGGUGCUCUGGAGCGACGGGAGCAGCAGCGUCGACCACGUCAGCAAUAUGCAGAGCUGGAGCCGGGUCUCCUGCGCUCUCGCCCAGAGAAGCCAUUUUAGCCGGAUCCACCAUGGUUUACAAAGUAUUUCUGCAGUGUCUUUAAGAACCUAUGCUGACCAAGUUGAUGCUGAUGUUACUGUGAUUGGAUCUGGUCCUGGGGGAUAUGUUGCUGCUAUCAAAGCUGCUCAACUUGGUUUUAAGAUAGCCUGUGUGGAGAAAAAUGAAACACUAGGUGGAACAUGUUUGAAUGUUGGAUGCAUACCUUCCAAAGCCUUGCUGAACAACUCGCAUCUAUAUCAUUUGGCCCAUGGAAAAGACUUUGCUAGUAGGGGAAUUGAAAUUACAGGACUCCGACUGAAUUUAGAGAAGAUGAUGGAGCAGAAAAGUGGUGCAGUGAAAUCCUUAACAGGUGGAAUUGCUCACUUGUUUAAACAGAAUAAGGUGACACACGUGUCUGGGUUUGGAAAAAUAACUGGCAAAAACCAGGUGACAGCAACCAAAGAUGACGGCAGCACUCAAAUUAUUAAUACAAAGAACAUCCUUAUAGCUACAGGCUCCGAAGUAACACCUUUCCCAGGAAUUACGAUUGAUGAGGACACAGUUGUAUCAUCCACUGGCGCACUGUCUUUGAAGCAAGUCCCUGAAAAAAUGGUGGUAAUUGGUGCAGGAGUUAUUGGCGUAGAACUGGGUUCAGUAUGGCAGCGUCUAGGCGCAGACGUGACAGCUGUGGAGUUCUUGGGCCAUGUUGGUGGAUUAGGCAUUGAUAUGGAGAUCUCUAAGAACUUCCAGCGUAUUCUCCAGAAGCAAGGUCUUAAAUUUAAGCUAAACACUAAAGUUACCGGUGCUACCAAAAAACCGGAUGGAAAAAUUGAUGUUUCUGUUGAAAGUGCUUCAGGUGGCAAGGCAGAAGUGAUUACUUGUGAUGUACUUCUGGUUUGUAUUGGUCGACGCCCUUUCACUACAAAUCUUGGUCUGGAAGAUGUGGGUAUUGAACUUGAUAAUAGGGGUAGAAUUCCAAUCAACAACAGAUUUCAAACCAAAAUUCCAAACAUCUAUGCUAUUGGUGAUGUAGUCGCAGGACCAAUGCUUGCUCACAAAGCUGAAGAUGAAGGCAUUCUGUGUGUGGAGGGAAUGGCUGGAGGUGCAGUUCACAUUGACUACAACUGUGUGCCCUCAGUAAUUUACACACACCCUGAAGUGGCUUGGAUUGGCAAAUCAGAAGAACAGCUAAAAGAGGAGGGGACAGAAUACAAAGUCGGCAAGUUUCCAUUUGCUGCUAACAGCAGAGCUAAGACCAAUGCUGACACAGAUGGCUUGGUGAAGAUAUUAAGUCACAAAUCAACAGACAGAAUGCUGGGAGCUCAUAUUCUAGGCUCAGGAGCUGGAGAAAUGAUUAAUGAAGCUGCUCUUGCAAUGGAGUAUGGAGCAUCAUGUGAAGAUGUAGCCAGAGUUUGCCAUGCACAUCCAACUGUAUCUGAAGCCUUCAGGGAAGCCAACCUAGCAGCAUCAUUUGGCAAAGCCAUCAACUUCUAACGUGGAAGGAAAUCCAUAACUUUCAAAGCACAUCUUCCUAUGAAAACUGACUGAGGGCUUCGUGAAAGCUUGGUCUUUUGAAUACUUCUGGGACUUAAGUGAACUUUUCUUUUACAACAUGGUAUUUAAACAAAUAAUAGGGGCUUGAGGAAAAAACAUUGCCCAACAGCUGUAUAUUAAAUAUGUUUGCAUUAUUGCUAAUUUGUACAUUCUAAGUUUUGCAGAAGACAAGCUACAGAGAUGACAAUUUUAAGAUUGUGGAGCACUGGAAGAUUCCAUCAUGUACUCGGAUGAAAUACAAUGCUGAUAUUA